AUGGUGACUAACGCUAGUUGCAAAGAACAGGACAUGCGAAUGUUAACCGAACAAUUGAUUUUCUAUUGUGAGCACUGCCGGAAAUCGCCAUCUCAUGUCUUCUCGUUGGGUUUUCAGGCCAUUGUCAAAUCGAGUGGCCAAGACGUGAGCUUGGAGAUUUUGGACAGCGAUGAACAGCCACUACUGGCCUUAGAAGGACCCCGUGCUGCUGUCGUUUUGCAGUCGGCAGUAGGCGAAUCCAUCGAUCUGUCGAAGCUUUACUUCAUGGACUCGACUACGGCCACGGUCUGCUGCGUGCCGGACUGUCGGGUUACCCGGUGCGAUUACACCGGCGAAGAUGGUUUCGAAGUGUCCGUGCCCUCCGAUCGGGUCGAGGCGAUCGCCGAGGCGUUCGUCGCUCACGACGACGUGAAAUUGGCCGGACUGGGCGCCAAGGACACUCUGAGGCACUCACUGCGUUAG